GUUCAAUUGAGUCCUAUCAUAACAACCUCGAUUCCGAAGGGGAGUUUGACACUCGCAAAGUCACCGCAAAAUCUCCCGAGUCGCAAUCCCCAGAGCCCCGAUCGCGCCUUUUGCUUUCCCCAUCACGAUCCAUCAUGUCUCUCGUCAACCUUUCUCACGUCUGUUCGCAUUUGAACAAUGCGUGCAAGGCCCGUCUGGCCGUCACCUCGAUCCCCAACUCCAACCUCCACCUGAAGCUCAGCCACGCCCUCCAGAACUCUGGCUAUAUUUCCUCCGUCAUCCGAGGCGGCCCGACCCCCCCUCCGAAACACACCAUCCUGGGUACUCCGACUGUUAGCGAUGGUAACGCGGGCGUGGAACCCGUGACGCAGGACAAUGUUGCCUCUCGACGACUGUGGCUGGGCCUGAAGUACUGGCAGAGCGAGCCCGUCCUGGGGAAGAUGACCAUGAUCAGCAAGCCGACAAGACGGAUCACGAUCGAUGUGACUGGACUCCGACAAGUCAUUCGAGGCGAAAAGUAUCAGACGGUGGAGGGUUUGCGGUCGCCGGGUGAGAACCUGUAUCUGUCGACGGAUCGGGGCAUCAUGGAAGCGCGUGAGUGUGUUGAGAAACAAAUAGGCGGAUUGGUUCUGUGCCGGGUUCAAUAGGUUGCUGACCCGCGAGGAUAAAAAGGAAGAGGGACCUGGGUUGUUCCGCUUCCUGGAUGCGUCGUUGGAUUUUGCAUUUACCCCGGAGUUUGGUCAGUCGCGAUGUCUCCUCCCAUGCUUUGUGUAUCUGAUGUUUGCGACUGUUGGGAUGGAUACCUUGUAUAGUAACAUACGCUCGAAUUCAUGUAUCAUUCUU